AUGAUAUUGCAACAAAAUGGAGACGCUGCAUCAUCACCACCAAUGCGUGAAAAGACAUGUUCACCCACAGCUGCAGAAACAUGUGCGGUAAAUUCUAACAUAGCGGCAAGGCCGAAUCUUUCUUUUAAACUUCGCUCUAGAGACCCUAAUCGUCGUGUAGUGAAGACAAAGAAUCAAACAGUAGAUAUUUCUCCAUCAGACAUGAAAGAGAAUAGAAAUCACAGUUCAUGGGAUACUCCUUCCUUUGAACAUAAUGGAGGUGAAUCAAAGGAAGAACAAGAAAAUAUGCAACGAGAUUGGGCAAGAAACCUACAAAAAUGUUUAUUAGAAGCCGAGGCGGAACUUCAAAAGUCUAGAAAAGCUGCUGAAGUACGUGAACAGGAAUUUUUGGCUGCAUCUGUAGAGUUGGCACGACUUCGUGAGUUGGUAUCAACACAAAAUCAACGAAUUGCAGAACUAGAGUGGAAUUUAGAUCAGACAAAACCUCUUAUAGUGGGUAAAAAUAGUACUACAGAUACAAAGAUAAACCCCACUAUUAUAGCUAAUGUUUUCUCUCCUCCUCCUCCUCGUACUCCUCCUUCUGGUAUUUCUGCUAAUACUAGUUGUAGUAAUGGUGAUAAUGCUGAUAGCGAAUCAAAUGACAUGGCGUCUUUAGAGGGACUUUCAAUAUCCGAAAUUAAGAAAGUUGUUCAUUCUGCAGCAGAGACAUUGCGUCGAGUUGAGGCUCAGUAUGAAAAAGAGAAACGACGACGACGUGCCCUAGAAAAAGAAAAUGAUGAACUUCAUCAUCAACUCAAAUUGACACAUCAAAAAGAAGGUAAAAAAAAACACCACGGUGAUUCUUGCCAUUCUUGUAAUAACGAAACACACAUGCACGUAAUGAACUUUCUUCAGGGAGCGUUACAGCAAUUUUUGAUAGAUGCUGCUGAGGUACAGGAACGUGUAAAGAUGCCUGGUUCACACUGUACUAAUGUACAAUCUUGA